AAACCACACAAAAUAAAAACACGAUACACUAAAACACAACAGAAAAACACACUCUAUACAGAUAAUAAAUUUAAAAUAACUUUAGAAGAAGAUCCAUCACAAUGCCAGUGCGUGGCGACUUCAAUGUCCUGAAAUUUGAGACCUAUGAGCAAUAUCUGCACUCGUUUACCAGGAUUGAGGAAUAUCGCUAUUUGGGCAACAAAAGUAUUAUAAAUGCGCUGGUAAAACUUGGCUAUCGCACCAAUGCCACAAUAUAUGAAGAGGACGAGUUUUAUACUGUAAAAAAAAAUGUAUUGGAAUCGAUCAACCCCAAGUCGAUUAUAACCACACUUUUUAGUAUUUAUCUGAAAGGUAAUGAUCCGGCUUUAGUUGCCCUGGCCGAACGAGAGGAGCGCAACAUGCAAAAAAAGCUGUCGACCAUUAUUUUCAUUCAAAUGCGUCAGCGCAGUGGCUUCGAUACAUCGGGUUAUAUAGACUACGCGGCCAGCUUGCGCGCCUGUUCCCUUCACAUGCUUGGGGCUACGAAUUGGAGGCUCAUCUUCGAGGAACGCAUUUUGCUGCAGCCCGAUCGCACCCACUUGAGCUUUUAUGACUGGCACAGCGGCACCGUUCACUUCAAUCAUAGCGACAACUAUGAGGUUAUGCGUUGUGGAACCUCGCUCACGUUCAAGCAUAAAGGCGAUCACAAGAUCAUUCCCGUAACGAUGGUGGAUAAUCCCCAUAAGGACAAUGUGAAGCGCACUUUCAUUCGGUCGCCUUUGUACGGUUGUAUAAUUUUAUACGACCAUAUCGUUAGAAAGCCUUCUUAGAUAGCUAACUGUCUUCUUUUUUUUUAAAGAUUUUUAAAUUGGCUGAGUAACCAAUUUAACGCUUGCAGCGCUUUCCGCCAAUCGAAUUCAAUACUAAUGUAUGGAGGAAGGCCUCAGAUGAAUUGGUAAUUUUCAACUAUGUCAUAUAUUAAUCAAAAAUAAAGAUGGGUAAUAAAAGUAGUGUAGAGA